AUGCCAAGAAUACAAGGAAUCGCAUUGGCUGGUGACGUCGCGCAGUUGGCCGCCAACGGUUCGAUGGUUCAGAUGGACUCUAACGACUUUUAUCAGGUGAUUCUGCAGCGCUUGCAGGUCGCCAGUGAGACGCAAGAAUGGGAAGAAGACUUCCGCGCACUAUUCCAGCUCGACAGACAAGAGAACGGCCGAUGUAUAACAUGUGGUCACGAAAGGCUCAUUGCGAAGAUUCCAGAAACCGGCAUCCUUCUAAAUGUUCCCACGGCCACAACAACUUUCAACGCAGCGCUGUCGAGAUUUUUUCAAGAGCGGAGAACGAUACACUGCGCUAUCUGUGCAAGCAAUACUAACCAUCUGGUCACGACCAGUAUUCAAGCUGGUCCUCAAAUCCUGAAGAUCAAACUUGCCAUCUUCCAAAUGAAAAAGUCGGAAAAGAAAGACAAAAAAGGCAAUCCGCAGCCUGCUACGGAACACAAGAUCAACCACCGCAUGGCUCACCCCAACAUACUCGACCUAACUCAAUAUCAAGAGAAUGCUCAUCUUCCCCUCCGCUACCGGCUAUCUAGUGUCAUCUCACACUCCGGCGAAGGCACAGAGAGCGCAGGUGGACACUACAUCGCGAGUGUUCGCGGCCCAGGCGGCCGUAUCACUUGCAUCUCUGAUUCUGUGACAGAGACUUUUACACAGGCUCAAUUCGAGGCAAGUCCACAGGUGGCCGGAAUAUCUCCCCCAGCAAAGGAGGUGUAUGUACUUACCUAUCUGAGGGAUGACGGGAGGUUGCAACGGGAGAUGAAAAAUCUCGAGUCGACGCUGAAGUGA